CGCAAUAUCGCGCAUCUUGAGUGUAAUGUAGUCUGCUGCUGUCGUCGAAAAAAAAAACACGAGACAUAUGGACUUGUACGAUUCCGGAAGAAAACCUUUUUCUUUAGUCAGGAAACCAAUAAAUGGCCAUACACAAAUGAAAAAUAAAAGCCCUGAGGCCGUAAACAACACAAGCGAUGAAGCUCGACAAAGUACGGCAGAUGCAAGGGAAAACUCCACUAUCCAGCCGGACAAACAACCAGGACCACUUUAUCAACAGCAGCAGCAGUAAACAUCACUCUGGUGGAAGAAAACACCAUCAGUCUGCCAGUUCCUCAGCGACGAUUACAACCAGACACCACCGAUCGUACCGCCUACGCCAACAUCACCACCAGAGGCAACAUCAGCAUAUCCAACAUCGAACAUCCGCCGGAAGCGUUCCAUCGCAGCACUACCUGCUUUCCGGUGGAAGAGACCAUCAACGCAGCAGCCUCUUCCUUUUCAUCUUCACCACAAGAAGGGAACCAGCCGCGGCCGCGGAAUUAGCAUUUCUUCUCCCAAAACGGAAGCGCACCAGGCGGCCGACGGAAGCGGCUCAGGUGGGUCACAAUGAAUCAGAGUGGAAUUGAUGUUGGAAGUGAUCAAUAAAAUAUUA